UGGCAACGUACCCUCAGAAAAAGAUCAAGGCACCAGAACUACCCCAAACAUUAUUGAGUCGCGACUGUUAUCGCACAGCGGACUUCCUGAUUCGCAUCACAUCACGUUCAUUGCACUCAGGUUUCAAGCUUAUACAUAAUGUCUGCCGCUCAACUUCUCAACCCUAAGGCGGAGUCAAGGAGGCGUGGGGAGGCUCUGAAGGUCAACAUAUCGGCCGGAGAGGGCCUACAGCAGGUGUUGGCCUCCAACUUAGGACCCCGCGGUACCCUGAAGAUGCUUGUGGACGGCGCUGGUGCAAUCAAGCUCACCAAAGAUGGAAGUGUACUGCUCAAAGAAAUGCAAAUCCAAAAUCCCACUGCUGUCAUGAUUGCACGAGCCGCAACCGCCCAAGACGAAAUCACCGGAGACGGAACGACAUCGGUCGUGCUAUUAGUCGGCGAAUUGUUGAAGCAGGCGGAUAGACACAUAUCUGAGGGACUUCACCCUAGGGUGAUUACGGACGGGUACGAAAUAGCGAAGACGGAGGCGCUAAAGUUUCUCGAUGAGUUCAAGCUACAAAAGGAGGUUGACCGGGAGUUGUUACUUUCAGUGGCACGAACUUCGCUAUCAACGAAGCUGGACAGCACUCUCGCCGAGCAGUUGACCCCCGAUAUCGUCGACGCGGUUCUUGCCAUCUAUCAAGCCCCCGCAAAGCCCGAUCUCCACAUGGUCGAGAUCAUGACCAUGCAACAUCGAACUGCCGCCGAUACACAACUCAUCCGUGGUCUCGCCCUGGAUCACGGUGCCAGACAUCCCGAUAUGCCUAAGCGAGUCGAGAAUGCAUAUAUCCUCACUUUGAACGUCAGCCUUGAGUACGAAAAGUCCGAGAUCAACUCAGGUUUCUACUAUUCCAGUGCCGAGCAGCGGGAAAAGCUUGUAGAAAGCGAACGACGCUUCGUGGAUGACAAAUUGAGGAAGAUCAUCGAGCUCAAGAAAGAGGUCUGCGGCAACGACCCCAAGAAGGGUUUUGUCAUCAUCAACCAGAAGGGUAUUGAUCCAUUGAGUUUGGAUGUCUUGGUCAAGAACGGUAUCUUCGCUUUGAGAAGAGCAAAGAGGAGAAACAUGGAACGCCUUCAGCUAGUCUGUGGCGGAACCGCUCAGAACAGCGUAGACGACCUUUCAGCCGACGUUUUGGGCUGGGCCGGUUUGGUCUACGAACAUCAACUGGGCGAGGAGAAGUACACAUUCGUUGAGGACGUUAAGGAGCCGAAGUCGGUCACUCUGCUCAUCAAGGGACCAAAUGCGCACACGAUCACGCAGAUCAAGGACGCCGUUCGAGACGGGUUGAGGAGUGUCUACAAUAUGAUUGUCGACAAGAGCGUUGUCCCCGGAGGAGGAGCUUUCCAGAUCGCCUGUGCAAAGCAUCUCACAAGUGAGGCAUUCACAAGGACCGUCAAAGGAAAGGCAAAGUGGGGUGUCACGGCUUUCGCGGACGCUUUACUCGUCAUUCCCAAGACGCUCGCGGCGAACUCUGGUCACGAUAUCCAGGAUGCGCUGGUCGGACUCCAGGAGGAGCAUGUCGAAGGAAACAUCGUUGGUUUGAACCUCUCCACUGGAGAGCCAAUGGACCCAACUCAAGAGGGCGUCUACGAUUCCUUCCGCGUCCUCCGUAAUUGCAUAGCAUCCAGCACAGGGAUUGCUUCAAAUCUGUUGCUUUGCGACGAGAUGCUCAAGGCUAGGCAAAUGGUAGGUUAACCCCUCCCGCAAAGUACAGAGUAAAACUAAUCGAUACACAGGGGCGACAACCCGAGCCAGGAGAAGGACAGUGAUGAUAUCCUAGACGUGCACGAUAUAGAUCAUUUGCUCCCUAGCUAGAUGGAUGCGUAGCGACCUAGGUCCGACCAGACGGUCGAUAUCCCUACUGUAAUGAGCUUACCGAUUCGCUUCGGAAGAGGUGAAAUGUACAGUACCUGACUUAGUCGUAAUAUAGCCAUCCUCGCAUCAA